AACGUUGAACAACACUCAGCGACCAAUUGUCAGAAAAAAUCGUCAUUUUGUUUUAUAAAUUGGCAAAAGAUUAAAUAAAAGAAAGCACAGCAUGUCCGCCAAGCAAAACCCAAAAAAGUUAAAGUGGGCGCUGGACUUUAACGGGAGCAAAAAUGCUGAUAUUCCUUCGCCGCUGGGCUACAAUCCAUCUGCUUUGGUGAACCAGAGUGAAGUGGUGCGCGACCAGCGCCUGGUCAUCAAGAAGUCGUGGGACCUUGCCCUGGGACCUCUUAAGAACAUUCCCAUGAAUCUAUUCAUCAUGUACAUGUCAGGAAACUCGAUUUCCAUUUUUCCCAUCAUGAUGGUCGGCAUGAUGCUGAUCCGGCCUAUCAAGGCCAUCUUCACCACCCAGGUGACUUCCAAAAUGGCGGAGGGGGCCCAGGGAACUGGCCAGCGCAUCGUCUACUUCCUGGGCAACCUAGCAAACGUGGCUUUGGCCCUCUACAAGUGCCAGAGCAUGGGGCUCCUCCCCACCCACGCCUCCGAUUGGUUGGCAUUUGUCCAGCCUCAGACACGCCUGGAAUAUUACGGCGGAGGAAUUUCGUUUGUCUAGUUUUACACAUAUAGAUUCUCUUUAUUUGAUCAUAGAUAAAUUGGUUUAAACUAAAAUUGUGGUCUUAUUCCGCCAGUCAGUCGUCUAGUAUCUUCUUGGCCUCCUUUUUGAUGUCAUCCACUAGUUUCUCGCCGGGCGAUCUGUUAAAGAAAAUAGUAAAAUAAUUAAGAUACAGAAUGAUAAUAUGAUCUUAUUUAGCAUUGAUUUCGUCAUGGUUGCACCUGGCAACAAAUUUUUAUUCGGAAAAGCCAUCAUUCACCACAGUAGAAAGAUAUCAUCACGACUUCGCACGCAUUUUUUCAGCACUUUGUCCUAUUUUCAGAAUUUGUAAAACAAGCGCGUGGAAAGCUUAAUAUAAGAUAUCG